AUGGGAGUACUUAGGUGCAAAAAGUGUGAGGAUGGUGAGAGAUCAAAAGUACCAUUUUCACGUUAUUUCUUUUCAAGCCAUGGAUGCCUAAAUUUUCUGCCAGGGAUUGUUGCAGCAGAAAGGAAGCUUGCUGAAGAGCUUCAGUGUUUCAUUUGCUGCAAAAUACUAGUUGCCGUUCUCGGAACAACUCUAUUUUCUUCUCUCUACACUCUUUAUUUCAUUCAUUCAUUCAGAUUAAACCGAAGCAAUUCCAACUCUUUCUUCCCUUCUUUCUCUGAUCUCUCACGAGCAACCGAGCCUUUUGUUAAUGGAGUUGAUGAAAUCAGACGAUACUGUUCUGAACAGACAACCUUGGGAAGAAGAAAUUAUGCAGAAACAGAAGAAGAGGAAGAAGAAGAAGAAGAAGAACGUCGCCGUUUUCAUGUUUUGGCCGUCGAUGACAGCGUUAUCGACAGGAAGUUAUUGGAGAAGCUCCUCAAAGCUUUUUCAUGCCAAGUGACGUGCUUGGAGUCUGGGGAAAAAGCGUUGGAAUAUCUAGGGCUGCUUCAUAACUCAACAACACCUGCUUCGUCUUCCCAACAACAUCAGGGACUUAACGUCAACUUAAUCAUGACAGACUUUUCAAUGCCAGGAACGAGCGGCUAUGAUUUACUCAAGCGCGUCAAGGGAUCUUCUUGGAAAGAUGUCCCAGUGGUGGUGAUGUCAUCAGAGAAUGUACCUUCAAGAAUUAGCAUGUGCCUGGAAGGAGGUGCAGAAGAAUUCAUGUUAAAGCCUCUUCAAUUAUCAGACCUACACAAAAUCCAAGCUCACCUUCUCAAAUCCCUUCCUCACCCUUAGUUCACCACGACGUCAAACAUAAUAUUAGAAGGAUGACAAUGGUUAACAUCUAUCACUUAAGCAAGAGAUAAUGGCCUAAUAUAUCUUCUGACGCUAGUUAAAGAAGACCAAAAAUGAAACCACUACCAGUAGUAAGUAGUAUGAAAGUGUACAACGUAUUUUGUUAGGGGAACUAUUUACACAUAUCUAAAUCCACGGGGGUUCAAGUCUAAAACAUUACAUGCAAGUAUUGAUAAUUUAUGCAAUUUCCAUAUUAUAUUUUAGGGUUCCUAAACUACUACUCCCAUACUAAAAAAAUAUCGUCAAAGCAAGUAGCAGCGACUGAAAACAUUAGAAAGGACAUAAGUGAACAAACUCAAGUAUCAUCUCUAGAUUUAACUUGCUCUGAUGUUUCCUGCGGACAAACUAUUACAACUAACUGCUCACAAAACUAUUAUAAAUUAAAAGCUAAAAGUCC